AUGCAUAUUCCGUCCCAAAAGAAAGGGGCCAACUGGCUACCUGUGACCCAAAAUCCUGUCGAGACUGGACAUAUAAACAGGAUAUCGGACGGAGGACAGCAGCAUUCAGACAUUGAACGUCACAGCAUCAACAACGUCAGCCAAUCAACCAAAUCGAGAAUUUCAAUCAUGGAGCACAGCCAGGUUAUCAGCGAAGUCCAUUAUCUGCACAAGAAGUUCACCUCUCAGAAGCGUAAACGUGAUGUGGAUUUGAUUCUGGAGCAGAACAAGGAGAAUAUCACAAAAGAGGCACCAGUCAGCAAACGUCGCCAGUUAAAAGGCUUCUUUCGCCCUUGGUUGGACAACGAACAGAAUAUCGACGGAGUCGCCACCUCCAACCAGAAGUCCAGUUCUACACCAAUCCCAGCUGCCAGCACCUAUCACGCCAACAUGGUGCGCCAUUGCCAGACGCCCCGACAGAGGAGUCCACGGGAGCAACAGCCGGAUCGCAACACUUUGGCUUGCCUUAUGAGUCGUCGUGCCAGGCAGGCACAGGAUGCGCACAUGGCGCUGCAGUAUCAGCAAUAUCGUGCCCAACAGGCGGCCAUCUUGGAGCAACAGGUCCGCUUCGGUCUCUAUUACCGCCAGCUACUGCAGCAGGCGGUCUUCCAGCAAGGCUUCCCUGUCACUGGCAUUCAGCUGCCCCAGCAACAACAACAGUUUCUACAGCAAAUGGCCCUGUCACAGCAACUCAUGAUAUUUGGCUCCCAGCAAUGA